AUGCUUCCUCUCGGUCUUCUUACUGCCGCUCAAGGCCACCCUAUGCUCGUCGAACUCAAGAAUGGCGAAACGCUGAACGGACAUCUGGUCUCUUGCGACACAUACAUGAACCUCACACUCAAGGAAGUCAUCCAAACGAGUCCGGAAGGCGAUCGCUUUUUCAGACUGCCCGAAUGCUACGUCCGCGGAAACAACAUCAAAUACCUGAGAAUGGAAGAUGAGAUCGUGGACCUCGUCAAGGACCAACAAGCCAGCCAGCAAGCCGCCAGAGGAGGUCGCGGAGGUGGUCAGGGAGGAAGAGGUGAUCACAGUGGACGCGGCGACCGCGGAGGUAGAGGAGGCCGUGGUGGCCGUGGUAGAGGUGGACGCGGUCGUGGUGGUGGUUGA